CAAUCGCCGUCUUCUACAGGGCGAAGGCGGAACUUCCGGUACAGUAGACCAAGUAGUAGUCCAACAUGGCGGUUGUGUCGCUCGCUUGAGAGUGUGGUGAAAACCGCGGUUAAGUUGAGGUAGUUAGUGGUAUAUAUCAGUAGCAGAUACACAGUGUACUAUCGCAGAUUAGCGUGUGUCGACUGCAGAUAUCGACUGUUGGAAAUGAAGGGGAAAGAGCGAUCUCCGGUGAAGAAACGCUCCCGGGCGCCGGAUGAUAGCAGAGACCGAGGAGGAAGCCACUCGAGCGGCAAGAAGACCGGAGCGCUGUCGACGGCUGGAAGCAGCAACGGCAACGGGUCCACCCAGAGGAGAAGUUUACACAGCGAUAAAAGAGACAUGAGGGACUCAGACGGACACAAUUCAUCCAGUCGAGCCGGCAGCGGCUACGACUACGGAGUUAUCCCGGCGAGCAAGCCGUAUGGUGGCGCUGACGUCGCCGCGGAAACAUCCAGGUCCGGUUCACGCAGCGACCCUCGGCCUCCGUCAAACCUGGAGAGUGAAUACAAGACUCUCAAAAUAAGUGAACUGGGCUCCCAGCUGAACGACGAGGAGAUAGAGGACGGACUGUUUCACGAAUUUAGGAAGUUUGGGGACGUGAGUGUUAAAAUUAGUCGAGAGAACGACGCCAGGGUGGCGUUUGUGAACUUCAGGAGGCCCGAUGACGCCCGGGCGGCCAAACACGCCCGCGGGAAGCUCGUACUGUACGACCGGCCUCUGAAAAUCGAGACCGUGUACGUGAACAGACGACGGAGCCGCUCCCCUGUUGCAAAAGACAAUUUCCCCUCAGGACAGAGACAUCUGCACUCCCAGAGAUCCCUCUCUCCCACUGGUUUGGGGUACAGAGACUAUCGGUUACAGCAGCUGGCUCUGGGCCGUCUCCCCCCUCCUCCCCCUCCUCCUCCACCACCUCACUUACGAGACCUUGAAAGAGACAGAGAGUUUUCAUUGUAUGAUGCCAGGAGUAGACCCCCGUUCAUCCCUGAAUGUGCUGUUUACCGUGACGAGGACCUGAUGAGCCCUGAGGACGACCAGAGGGCCAACAGGACGUUGUUUUUGGGCAAUCUGGACGUCAGCGUGACAGAGAGCGACCUGAGGAGGGCCUUUGACAGGUUCGGGGUGAUAACAGAGGUGGACAUAAAGCGGGCAGUGAGAGGCCAGAGCAACACCUACGGAUUCAUCAAGUUUGAAAAUCUCGACAUGGCUCACCGCGCCAAAGUGGCGAUGGCGGGGAAAGUGGUGGGCCACAACCCGAUCAAGAUUGGUUAUGGCAAACCUACGCCCUCUACUAGGUUGUGGGUAGGGGGCCUCGGACCCUGGGUUCCUCUCGCUGCACUUGCCAAGGAGUUUGACCGCUUUGGCACCAUCAGGACUAUAGACUACAGGAAAGGUGAGGCGUGGGCUUACAUCCAGUAUGAGAGUUUGGACGCCGCUCAGGCUGCUUGCACUAACAUGAGAGGGUUCCCUCUCGGCGGACCUGACAGGAGACUCAGAGUGGACUUUGCAGAGGCAGAUCACCGCUACCAGCAGCAGCAGUACAUGCAGCUCCCUCUCCCUCUGCCACACUAUGACUUAGUCCCUGAGCCCUUUGCCCACCGUCUGACAGACUCAGUGAGAGUGAGAGAGCGGUCCCCUCCGCUUCCCACUCGCUUCAGAGACAGAGACCUGUACUCCAGCGCCGAGUGGUCCGGCCUGGGUGUUCAUGACAGGAUGCGGGGGGCGGGCUUCGACCCCAUUGAGCGUCUUGAGAGGCGUUCCCGUGAGACUUGGUCAGUAGAGCGGGACUUCCAGAGCCGAGAUCUGGGUCGCAAAAGGAGAUUAGAUGAGCGGCUGGAUCACUCACCUGACAUCAGUGACUAUGUUGUGCGCCGACAUGGCAACUCAUUAGAGCGCAGCCCUGGAGGGAGCAGCAGAGAUGGGGGACGCUACAGUGACUCUGAACGUCUCCCUCGCUCUGGCAGAACGUCCCCCAUCAGAGAGCGACAGGAUCCUGGCUUUGCAGACAAGAGAAGAAGAACACUUAGCCCAGCUGAGCCCAACUCCAGCUCUGAGAAGGACCACAAACGCAAAGCCAGUGACUUAUCUAAGAGCCCAGCCAAAAAGGAAGAUCGCUUGGGACACCCUUCCGCCUCAUCUUCCUCCAAGUCUGGCCAGCAGUCUAAGUCUACACCUGGAGGGCAGAAGUUGAGUCAGGUCUGGCAGGGCGUCCUCCUGCUGAAGAACAGCAGCUUCCCCACAUCACUGCACCUGCUGGAGGGGGACUUAGCGGUGGCCUCCACCCUGCUGGUGCAGGGCCCCACAGGGGGUCAGGUGAACCAGCUAAAGAUCAGCCAGCGCCUGCGUCUGGACCAGCCCAAGCUGGAUGAGGUCUCCCGGCGGAUCAAGGCCGCAGGCUCCAGCGGAUACGCCAUCCUCCUCGCGAUGCCCGGGAAGGCUGAUGACGGCGGGAUCCAGGAUCCAAACAACUCGACAGAGAGGCCACUGAAGAACCUGGUGUCCUACCUUAAGCAGAAGGAGGCGGCCGGCAUCAUCAGCCUCCCUGUGGGGGGCAGCCGUGACAAGGACCACGGAGGAGUCCUUCACGCUUUCCCCCCGUGUGAGUUCUCGCAGCAGUUCUUGGAUGCCUCUGCCAAAGCUUUUGCCAAAUCAGAGGAUGACUACAUGUUGAUGGUCAUUAUCAGAGGAGCUUCAUGAAAAAAAAAAAAUAUAUAAAUGUCUUUUGUUACAUUCAUGAACUGUUAAACUGUGAGUUGUUAAAACAGGGAGAAGUAAUGAUAACAAGGCAGAGUAACAGUUAGCUCCUUGUACAUCCUGUUGAAGGUUUAUGGAAAUGAAAAUCACAUUGAAUUGAACACAUUUUUUGGUAAAUUGAUGAAUUUGAUUAUCAAUACAUGUGACCUCUAGUAUCAGUAAUCAGAUACAGGUACAUUACUUGAAGGGUACUCUGCUUAAAGGAAAUCAGAGCAAGCUACAGUUCUGUGAAUCAAUACUAUAUGUUGCCUUAUCUCAUUUCAGAAGAUAUCUUUAUGUCCUUUCAUACAAUGCCUGCCUAUAAGGAAAUAUAAUUUAAGAUCAGAAGCAAAGUAUUUAGCCUUCAUUUUUAUCUGUACUCAUAGAUCAUAGAAUUAACUGGUCAUGUUUGUUGUACUGUAAUGUUUGUACAGCUAGCCUAUGAUAGAAUUGAAUCAAACUCUUGUACAUAGAAAAUUCUCUCGAUUAAGGAAAUAUAUCUAUUUGCUCCAAAGCUUUACCCAUCGCUCAUUAAAAGGCGUACUCCAGAUGUGAGUUGGUAUUAGUUUCUGCUGACUGAGUAAACAUUUUGAUUACUUUCUAAUUCAAAUUUAAUUCUGACAAAGUUUCUAUUUUUGUCAGUUUUGGCGAGUCUUGCUUAAAUAUCAAGACAUUUUUUUGUACUUUUUACUUUUGGGUAUAUUAAAAUACAAACAUUUGAGCCUUAGGGGUUACAGUGAAAUACAUUAUAUCAAUAUCAAUUCUCCUUUCUGAGCCACAUCUGGAGGUUAUGUGACAUUACGAGGUGAAAUGCAGUUCUGCUUGUCUGUUUUUCAGCACUGGUACAUUUAUGUAGGGGUGGACACAAGCAGCAAGUUCCCGUACAUUAUAAUGCAGUUUGAUACAACAAGAAAACAGAGAAUUCAGCCUUUAUACAGAUAUUAUGUUUAAUUUUUGUUCAAAUGUUAGAGGGAAGACUCUGAGCUCUGUAUCGAACUGCAUUAUGUUAUUACCAAAUAUUGAGAGCUGAUUGUUUUCAUUGUUGUUUAAGUUUCUUUUCUUGAUUAAUAGACUGAAUAUUUGGUCUAUAAAACAACAGAAAAUGCUCACAAAUAUACAUAUUUACCAAAAGCAUUUCAUGGGCUAUUAACUCUGAAUUUAAGAAGCUGCAACCAUCAAGUCUUUUGUGGAUUUGCUUGAAAAUGGACUUAUUUUGUGAUUAACCAAUUAUCGGUAUUUACUGCCUUUCAAAUAUCUGUCAAUAGUCAAUCAUUUCAAUUCUAAAUAAUAUUUCCAUCGAGUUAAAUCAGCUCCACUUAGCCAAAACAAAACACACAUACAGGGGUUGCUUUUGUGUUCGUCCUGUUUAUAUUGUACUUUUAUUGGCAUCGUAUUCAGUUUGGUAUAACAGUAAUUGGUUGAUACAAUGACUAACUUUUCUAAUGCCGUAAUUCACUAAGUACAAUAACUACCCCAACAAAGCAUGUACUGUUAAAAGAAGAUGAUGUAACCUAUAAAUUAAGAGUUGUAUGUAUGCCGUGCUCAUCUCUAAUAACUGAUCAGAGGUCUGCAACUCGAAAAUAUUGUUGUGCUGUCAGCGGACUGUGAUAAAACCCUGUGAAUGAAUUGGAGGAGUGAAGGCCGCUUCACACUGGCCCCACGCCUCCCCCUGAAAGGACUGUCAAUUAUGUUUUUCAUGCUUUUGAUUUGACUUUCUGUGUUUUCAAAUGGAGAAAAGAUUUGUAUACUCAGGAUAUCUGGAGAGAGAAAUGGAGAACAUCAGUGCUCAUGGGCCUAAGAAGUAUACCUGUCAGAAAAAAAAACACAAAGUGCAACACGCACUUGAUUUUGUCUCAAUAAAUUUACUCUUUCGUGGGAAACACAAGUGCCUCGGAAGACAACUUUUGUGACCUUUUCUGUUCUUGGAAUUGUCUAUCAAACUAUCACUUUGACAGCAGGAGACUUCCCAGCAGAGAGGAGAGGAAGUGUGAGAAUCAGCCUCUCAGUUCUGUGUUUUCAUUCUGUUGAUCAUCAUUGUGUUGAAUGACCUUUGUGACCUUCAUUCAGAUUGAAAUUUGGCCAUACUAGAAUACUUUUUUUUUUCAGUCCGUCUGCAAAGGCAAAUCUAGAGUCACUGUGUCUCUUCAGAUGUGUGGCUUAUUCCACAGUCACCUCUGGCCUGUGUGACCGGAGGUGUGGCUGUGUUCAUCCUUCUGGCUGGCUGAGGUUGUCUCCAUCUCGACAGCCUGUCGGCGGAGGCUCGGCAGCGUUCAAAGACCCUCUCCUGGUCUUCUCUCUCAUCAGACUCCAGCAGUGUUGGUUCAGCACCUGCAGCAGCUGGAAAAGGAGAGAAGUGUGUGUGUAGUUGCUUAUUGGUUCUUGCAUUGGAGUUUUGAAUGAAGAUCUCUGCUAGGGCCAAACUUCACGCUUGUCUCGCCCUGUGUCGGGGAAGAGGUCGAGACAGUGUCGGCUUUAUUUUCCAUAAAAUGGGAAGGAAACGCAACAACAGGAGACAAAAGAAUCCUAAUCAUUAGUUGAUGUGUUCAUCUGAUUUACACACUUUUAAAAGAUUCUGUGCCAAACUGAAUAUGAAAGAAAAUGAAGAGUUUCCUGCAAUCAGUGCAGCAGGAUGUGUAUCAUCAAGAUGGUGCCUCUCCGAACAAAAAGGGACCGGAGGAGCUUCCCUGGGUGUCCACACGGUGCCAUGGCUGGGAUUCAAGCUUUCCUGGAGCUGUUUGGUGUUAACAGUGUUGCCCUGCACAGCUGCAAAGUCUUCAGAUGGCUUAAACUACUGACCUUGGUACGUAUUACAAUGUUUGAGACUGCUAUAAAGCAUACUAGGCCCAAUUUUAAAAGCUGUUUUAAAGGUUGAAAAGCAACAAAAACUACAAAAUCCAAUGUCACUCAAUCAAAUUCCAAACUACUGCAUACACUGCCCAGUCAAUGUCGAGACAGCCUGAGAUGUAUAUUUGAAAAAAAAAA